AUGUCGCGCGCCGUCCCCGCCGACGACCACCACCGCGACGACGCUUGGCAGGCCGCAGGCCCCCCGGUACACCACCACCCCCACCACGCCGUGUUCACCAACCCGGCGUAUUACCGCGCGCUCUACGACUUCUCGACCUCGCCCGAGAUCCUCUUCGAGGAGCAGGCGCUCCGGAACGGCCGCACCUGGAGCGAGGACCUCACCCUGUGCACCGGCGUCGGCUACCUCACGGGCGCCGUGGCGGGCGCCGCCGCGGGGCUCCGCCGCGCGGCCGUCGAGGCGGAGCCCGGCGAGUCCUUCAAGCUGCGCGUCAGCCGCGCCCUCAACAACUGCAGCUCCGUCGGCCGCGCCGGCGGCAACCGCCUCGGCGUGAUCGCGAUGCUCUUCUCCGGCACGAGGUCUGUCGUCAGCCACUACAGGUCCGGCGCGGACGACUGGAUCAACACCGCGGCCGCCGGAGUCAGCACCGGCGCGCUCUACCGCAUGCCCGGCGGGCCGCGGGCCGCCGUAGUCGGCGGCAUCGUCGGAGGGAUCAUGGCCGGGGCCGCCAUUGUCGCAGGGAAGCCGCUGCUUGAGGAAUAUGCGCCAAAUCUUGGCAUCUGAAAUAUGUGUAGUCUUUAUGGUGCUGUACCAUCUUAUUAAGCCAAAUUCAGUAUAGAGUGCUUAGGGCAGUCCCAAUAGGACAUUGAUGAUAGUUUCUA